GCAGACGUGCAUUUACUGCAUGACCCAUUUAAUGACCCCAACCAGAGACAUACUAGUAAGUUAUUUAUGUCUCUGCCCCAACUGCCCAAAGGACUAUCAUGGCUGCAGGGAAUCUCCUGAAAUCCUGGUCAACGAUUGCAAAGCAGCUUGCUUACACAAAAACUGCAAUUAGUCCAGUCCAGAUGAGGAUAGAUAUCCCUGGAGGUCUGGCAUAUGAAUCCUUCAGUUCAAUGGAUGGUCGACCUUUGCCUCAGAGCCUCUUCCUUUUGUUUGAGUCGGCUCGAUCGUAUGCAUUUUGGCCAGUCAGUAGUAAAACGGGGCCUUUGGUGGACAGUCACUUACUUCUGAAAGACUAUCUUUAUUUCAUUGCAUCUGCUAGAUUAGACAUCAACAGAAAAUUCUAUGAAGAAGCCUCUCCUAAAUUUCCACUCUCCAUCACUAAAACAUUUGACUAUAUAGGAAAAUCCUCUUCAGCAAUUACCAGUGUUUUGGAAUGUCCGUCCCAACCAUUUUCUUACGCCACUUGCAGAAUUCAAACUGUUUUGGUUGAUUCCAAAACAAGAAAGCCAUCACCCUUUCCUGAUUGGUGGAGAGAAAAGUAUGCCCCAUUUGUACAAGGGGGGCAAUCCAUGAUCAUGCAUCAUCUAGAGAAACCAAGAACUGUUGAAACUUAUCAAACUAAGGUGUCUUAUUCGGAUAUUGAUGCCUACCUGCACACAAACUGGACGAGUUAUGUUGGGUUUUGUUUGGAAGCUUUCUAUGAAAGUGUGUUUAGGAACCAGAACAAAUCCUUUGAUGGACAGGUAACUGGAAAGUGUUUGAAAUCUUUUGAGGCUGGGUUUAGGAAAGAGUCAUCGAUGGGGGAUGAAUUAAAUGUGUAUUCAUGGGUGUCUGAUCAAGACAAAAGAGAUAUUCAGUUUGAAAUCAAGCACAAUGAUGACAUUUGUUUACAUGCAAGAAUGGAAUAUUAUGAAACUUAGUUAUUGUGUUCACUAAAAGGCUAAUUUAUUAAAAUUGAUAUAUUUUCUUGACUUGAAUUCUCGUAAAUAUUGAUCUGCUGAAUCUUCUUAGAAAGUAGCAUAUAAUUAGAAGGACUGACAAAAAUCACAAAUUUGUUGAAUUUCUGGAUCAAUUGGAAGGAUUGUCCUGCUAAUUCUUCUGCCCAUUUGGAAGGUUAUUUUAAAAUUGUAAUAUUAAUAUCAUAAUUAUAAUCCAACAUUAGUAAUGUCAAAUUUAGACUGCAUUAUUAAUUUAUUAUUCUACGGUCAAUUUUUCCGAGACAAACCUCUAAAUAUUUACUUAAAUCUUACCUUUACAGACAAUCAUUAUUGUAUAAAAAACACAAUGCGUAAUAUGUGUAUAUAUGUUAUAAUUUUAUUUGCAGUGACAUAUAGGCCCAAUGGGCCGGGUGUUUCAUUAUCUAUUUUGUAUUACAUAUUUGUAAUUUGUUAUAACACAUAUCACUAUAAUAAAUUAUUUACUUACUUAC